CAAACUAUUGUACUGAGAACGUUUCUUUUAACGAUGCCUUGUAGAUCUUUGAAAAUUCCGCGUUCCUGGAUGCGCCCAUAACUGGCACUCUGUUGAUAUGGAUUGCUAGUAAAUAAUAACGUUGCAAAUGGUUUUCUGUAUUUGAACCAAGUGGAUGUUGUAUUAGAUGGAGCAGUUGUUUAAUGCACUAAAGUCUGAUUGACCUGUAUGUGAAUGGCAAGCAAUGAAUAAACCCAAAAUGGCAGCAGAGAAAGGUAUUCCCAGUAGUUCCCGGGUGCUGAUGUUGCUGGGGCAGCUGGAGAGGUUUAAUGGAGAGACAUCGAACUCAGAGGGUGAGGCCAUCAGGCAGGUGACUGGCAAGAUCUUGCACCUGAUUCAGACUCAAGAAAAAACCCACAAGGAGAUCAUGGCUAAAGGCUCGAGUGGGAUGGAGGUCAUCCUCUCAUCUCUAGAGAACACGAGGGAUAUGCAGACAACUCUGAACAUCCUGGGGAUCCUCAAUGAGCUUCUGACCGUGGGUGGUGGCCGCAGGAUUGGAGUGUUUGUAUCUAAAGGAGGAACAGGCGUUCUGCUGCAGUUACUGAUCAGCGCUGGAAGAGAAGCGUCUCCCAGUGAAGAGCUAAUGCUGCAAAUCCACUCUCUGCUGGCCAAAGUCGGACCUAAAGACAGGAAGUUUGGGAUCAAGGCUCGGCUGAACGGGGCUCUGAACGUCACUGUGAAUCUGCUGAAACAGAACCUGCAGAACUACAAACUGCUGCUGCCGUGUUUACAGGUGCUACGGGUGUACGCCAGCAACUCGGUGAAUGCUGUAUCAUUGGGAAAGAGUGGUGUUGUAGAGAUGAUGUUCAAAGUCAUUGGACCCUACAGUAAGAAGAACACAACUCUAGUAAAAGUGGCUCUUGAUACUUUGGCAGCAUUACUGAAAUCAAAGAUGAAUGCCCGGCGUGCAGUAGACAGGGCGCACCUACCAGCUCUGCUCGCCAUGUACCAGGACUGGCACCGCAACGACACACGCCACCGGCACGUGCUCAUUCGUAAGAGCAUUCUGGGAUGCAUCAAAAACCUGACCAACAUUAAGCUUGGCAGGAAGGCUUUCAUCGACGCAGAUGGCAUGAAGAUUUUCUAUAAUACCUCGACUGAGUGCUUACCCGUUAGGACUCUGGAUCCUCUGGUCAACACUUCAAGCCUUAUCAUGAGAAAGUGUUUCCCAAAGAACCGCCUGCCUUUGCCGACCAUUAAGUGUGUUUUUCAUCACCCGCUACCACAUGUUCCAGCCAGCGGACCCGUGGCUCAACUGUACCACCAGCCACCAGGGGUGGAUGACGUUGUGGAUGACAGCGAUGACAACGAGGAAACGGAGGUCGAUACAGAAAAUGAAACGGAGAAUGAGGAGGAUGAGAAAGACCAUAAGGCACAGAAUGAUGACAUUGAGACCGAUAUCAGUAAACUGCGACCCAAACAAAUUCAGACACGCCCAUUUGAGGAAUUAAGGAUUUAUGAGCGUUUUUUCCCCGAAUUCUCUGAGGAAUUUCAGGACUACAACUUCGAGGAAUGCAAAUCCACAUCUCCGCCUGCCUCUGAUGCCUCAAAGCGACCCAUAGUCAUCCCCACCGCUCGACCCAAGCCCAGAACCAAACCCUCCCGCCAGUCUGAAGAAGAAAAACCUGCCGAUCUCAACAACAUCUCUGUCUCUAAAGCUCCACAGAAAGAGCAGGAGCUGGUACACGGCCUGAGUCGGCUGCUUCUCGACACUUCGGAUUCAGUGAAUGGAAGCGGCUGUGUCGAGUCUGGGCUCCAGGAUGAGAGCGCAGAGCAGGCGGAACUAGAGCUGCCCGAUACUGCCGCACUUCUGCCUUUGCAUGACCCCGACCUCUACUUGGAAAUGGUAAAGGGGACAAGCUCGGUGCCUGGGUACACUGAGGUGGGGUACCCGGACUAUUUUGGCCAUGUGGCACCGAGCUUUCGUGAGCCGAUUAUGGAGAGGGUUUAUGGGGUACAGAGGGCGAAAAUCUUCCAGGAUAUUGAGCGGCUCAUUCACCCCGGUGAUACCCUGGAUAAAGUGGUGUAUGACCUCGACCUGCAGAGCUGCCCAUUAAUCGAUGAUGGAGAGUCACUGAAGUUCAACUCGCAGUUUGAAUCUGGGAACUUGCGCAAGGCGAUUCAAGUCAGAAAGUUCGAGUAUGACUUGGUGCUAAACUCGGAUGUCAACAGUAACCACUACCACCAGUGGUUCUACUUUGAAGUGAGCAACAUGCGUGUGGGAGUACCGUAUCAUUUCAACAUCAUUAACUGUGAGAAAUCAAACAGCCAGUUUAACUAUGGCAUGCAAGUCAUUAUGUACUCAGUACAGAAAGCCAUCAGUGGAAGCCCUUGCUGGGUUCGAACUGGAUCUGACAUCUGCUAUUACAAGAACCAUUUUUCACGGAGUUCCAUCGCAGCUGGAGGUCAGAAAGGCAAAUCCUAUUACACCCUGACCUUCACUGUGACUUUUCACCACAAGGAUGACGUCUGUUACUUCGCCUACCAUUACCCAUACACCUACUCCACCCUGAAGAUGCACCUGGAGAAGCUUAGCGCUAUGAGCACUCCAUACAUCUACUACAAGAGGGAGCAGCUGUGCCAAACUGUCGGAGGAAAUGAGUGCCCGCUGUUGACCAUCACAGCCAUGCCGGAGUCCUCCAGCAAUGACCAUGUCUGCCAGUUCAGGAACCGGCCGUUGAUCUUCCUGUCAGCCCGUGUACACCCGGGAGAAACUAAUGCCAGUUGGGUCAUGAAGGGCACACUGGAAUUCCUGAUGAGCUCUAGUCCCCUGGCACAAAGUCUCAGAGAGAGCUACAUCUUCAAAAUCAUUCCCAUGCUCAACCCAGACGGAGUCAUCAACGGCAGUCACAGGUGUUCUUUAAGUGGUGAGGAUCUAAACAGACAAUGGCAGAGCCCCAGUGCAGAGCUGCACCCCACCAUCUAUCACGCCAAGAGUCUGCUGCAGUACCUCAGCGCUAUAGGCAGAGCUCCACUGGUAUUCUGUGACUACCAUGGUCACUCAAGAAAGAAGAACGUGUUUAUGUAUGGCUGCAGCCUUAAGGAGACUGUGUGGCAGACCAAUGUCAGUGCCAGUUCCUCUGACCUGCAGGAGGACCUGGGCUACAGGACUCUUCCUAAGCUGCUGUCUCAGCUGGCUCCUGCCUUCAGCCUGUCCAGCUGCAGUUUUGUUGUGGAGCGCUCCAAAGAAUCCACGGCUCGCGUGGUGGUGUGGAGGGAGAUCGGUGUCCAGCGCAGUUACACCAUGGAGAGCACACUGUGUGGCUGCGACCAGGGCAAAUACAAGGGGCUCCAGAUUGGGACGAGGGAGCUGGAGGAGAUGGGCGCUCAGUUCUGCAUGGCACUGCUCAGGCUGAGACGCCACACCUCGCCUUUGGAGCUGCGGAACCACAACUCACAACUUUUGGAGAUGGAGAGUGAUCUGUUAGAAACAAGCUGUAGUGACACUUGCCCCACCACUUACGUGAUGCAUGAAGAUGAGCCUGCCUUUCUAGAGGAAGUGGACUACAGUGCUGAGAGCGAUGAAGAGAACGAUCCUGAACUGGAGCCUGCCAACCAGGACCCAAGCUCAGAUCUUGAGUUGAAUCACCAAGACUCUGUUCCCUGAUGUGUGCUGAUCUUGAUCUUGAUCUUAUACCCACUGAAUUCAGCUUGAUACACAUCCAGAACCAAAAUGAGUCCUUCUGACUGAUACUAACAAACAAACUACGCUGUGGGAAUUUCAUUAAAGUCGUUUUACAUGCACAUAACAGCUACUUGAAUUUAAUAGACACGACUGAUACAGACUGAUACUCUUAUUUGUAAUCACUUUAGGUACGCUUAACUACUAAAAAAAUACCAGAAAUACCAGAAAGCCAAGCCAUAUCAUUAUUCCAUUACUCUGAUUAACCAAUCUAAAAAGUGCUUAGUGAUUUGAAUGUUGAUCCCAGUCAUUAAACGGUGCUAUAUGUGGACGAUUCACAUUUCAGUAUGUUCACUCAGACCACAGUACGUCUGCCUUUCUAUUAACCUUAAAGCAUUAUCAUUAUAUCAUAUCAUAUAUAUAUUCUAUAUGUCUAUACGUCUUAUCAUAUCACAUUUCACAGUUCCGCACGAAAGAGCAUCUGGACUACGGAAACAUGUAUUCAAAACCUGUUAACUAUAUAUCAAGCUGUGCAGUGUAUCCAGAGUGAGACUCACAUAUUACAUUCAUCUUCAUAUCAAUUAAGUGUAUUCAGUGACUGAUAAAGUAAUCAGGUUGCCGUAUUUGAUCUGUAUCACAUAAGCAAUUUCACAAAAGUCAGCACUUUUGUGUUUUAAUUUCAGUGUAGAAUUCUUCGUUGCAUUUGUAUAUUAGGUGCAUGACUCUUGAAUGUUGCCCUUCUAAUUUAUUUUAUUUGUUUUAUGGAUUUUUGGGAGAAAAAGAUGGGACCUGUGGUAGCAGAGUACAGACUUUGUGUAUGUGAAUGUGAGGUACAGAUGUGUGUGUGUGCGGGAGAUUGAUACCAAAAUCAGCUGAAUGUAUACAAAGAACAAAUUCACUGUUUAACAUUUGACUGAAGUAAUGGGUAAUAAAUAUUUAAGCUACGCUA